GAGCGAGCCGCCAUGUUGUCGGUGUGAAAGCCAGGGAGCUGCAGCGAACCGGGGCUGAAAUCCGUCACCAUCCGCAUUCUCCACCUGCUCUGGUGGAAUGAGCGUAGCGUGUGUGUUAAAGAGGAAAGCUGUGCUCUGGCAGGAUUCGUUCAGCCCCCACCUCAGACUGCCUCCCCCUGACAGGCCAUUACCCAGCAUGCCUGUGGUGCUUAGUCCAGCGGGCCACGCCCCUCAACCUGGCCCUACUCCACAAGCCCCUCCCCCUGCACAGGGGGCAGGGCGUUCCCAAGAUGAUGCCAUGGUAGAUUACUUCUUUCAGCGGCAGCAUGGUGAACAACCUGGCUACAACAAUGGCAAACACCGUUGGCCUACUGGAGAUAAUAUACAUGCUGAUAACCAGGUGCGAUCAAUGGAUGAACUCAACCAUGACUUUCAGGCGCUUGCUCUUGAGGGACGAGCUAUGGGAGAGCAGCUUCUCACAGGAAAGAAAUUCUGGGAGUCUGAUGAUUCGGGAAAAGACGGACCAAAGGGGAUCUUUCUGGACCAGUGGAGAGACAGUGCCUGGGGUACUUCUGAUCAUUCAGUGUCCCAGCCAAUUAUGGUGCAGCGCCGACCAGGUCAGGGUUUUCAUGGUGUUGGUGAGGCAGGCUCUGUACUUUCUCCCCGUUCUGAAAGUGGUGGUCUAGGUGUUUCUAUGGUGGAAUAUGUCCUGAGCUCAUCCCCAGCUGAGAAACUUGAUUCUUGCCUGCAUAAAGUGGCCUUUGGUCCAAGAGAUACAGAGACUAAUGAUUCUGAGAAGAGAGCAGAGCCAAAACCCAAAACCACAUUUGACCCUGAAAGAAAAGAGCUGCAGGAAACUGAGCCUGAUCCCAUGGACAACCCCAAUGGAUUGGCUAGUCAAAAUGGACUGGAUGUGGAUGUAAAGGACUUCAGUCGGACGCCUGGUAACUGUCCUGCUGGUCCUGAAAUGGAGUUGGGUGGAGCUGACAUGGCAGGAGGAACAGGUCCAAAACCUGCUGAAGAAUUUUCAAAUCUUGAGCCCCCAAAUGUAACACUUGAUCAUAUGGAAUCUGUUUCCAUGGAAACUCUACAGUUUGACUAUUCUGGCAAUCAGCUGCCUCUUGACUCCACAGCAGCUACUGUUGGUCUUUUUGAUUACAACUCUCCUCAGCAGCUCUUUCAGAGGUCUAAUGCUCUGGCUGUGCAGCAGCUGACAGCAGCACAACAGCAGCAGUAUGCCAUUGCUGCAGCCCAGCAACCACACAUUGGACUGGCUCCUGCUGCAUUUAUGCCGAACCCUUACAUUAUCAGUGCAGCCCCACCUGGCACAGACCCUUAUGCUGCUGGCCUUGCUGCUGCUGCAACUCUCGGUCCAGCGGUAAUGCCCCCUCAGUAUUACGGAGUAACUCCGUGGGGUGUGUAUCCAGCUAACCUGUUUCAGCAGCAGGCCCCUGCACCUUCCAACUCUGCCAAUCAGCAGCCAGCAGCACAAACUCAGCAGAACCAACAGCAGGUAAUGCGUACUGGAGGUAACCAACGACCUUUGACCCCCAGCCAAGGUCAGCCUGGCCAACAAACAGACCAGCUUGUUGCUGCAGCAGCAGUGAACUCUGCCUUGGCGUUUGGACAAGGUCUGGCAGCCGGUGUUCCUGGGUACCCAGUCCUUGCUCCAGCUGCAUACUAUGACCAGACUGGAGCUCUGGUGGUGAAUACUGGAGCUCGCAGUGGCCCUGUCAGACUCAUGACUCCUGCCUCAGUCAUCAUCAGCCCUACUGUGGCAGCUGCCUCUGCCAGUGGGGCUAAUGCAGGCCUUGGCGGCGGGGCCAAUGGGGCUUUUCGUGCGUUAAGUUCCCAACAAGCUCCAGGUCAGCAUGGAGGUGGAGCUCUGGGUGGAAGUUCCUUUUAUGGGAGUGGCUCUCCAAGCUCCUCUUCCCAGAGCUCAUCCCUGUUUUCCCAAGGCUCUGCCCAACCAGGAAGCUCCUCCCUUGGAUUCAAUGGUAACCCAUCUUCGUCUCUUGGUGCUACACUUGGAGCAACACUGGGUGGUUUUGGUACAGCUGGUAUGUUGGCUAAUUCUAGCGCCAGUGUUUCUCGUCGGGACUCUUUGACAGGAAGUUCUGACCUAUAUAAGCGCACCCCCAGCAGCCUUACUCCUAUUGGUCAUGGAGGGUUCUACAAUGGUCUUGGUUUCAGCUCCUCUCCUGGUCCUGUUGGCAUGCCACUUCCCAACCAGGCUCCCUCACACUCUCUUACUCCUCCCCCCUCCCUUUCAACCCAUGGAUCCUCCAGCAGUCUCAACCUUGGUACGUUCCGACGUGGGCUAACCAAUGGCAGUGGCCGUUUUAUCUCAGCGGCUCCUGGAGCAGAGGCAAAGUACAGAAGUGCCACUACUGGCUCUUCACUUUUUAGUCCCAGCAGCCAGCUCUUUCCAUCACGGCUCCGCUACAGCAUGUCGGAUGUGAUGCCGUCUGGGCGCAGUCGUUUGCUCGAGGAUUUCCGCAACAAUCGCUACCCGAACCUACAGCUGCGGGAGAUUGCAGGCCAUGUCAUGGAGUUCUCUCAGGACCAGCAUGGCUCCAGGUUUAUUCAGCUGAAGUUGGAGAGAGCAAGCUCUGCAGAGCGUCAGUUGGUCUUCAGUGAGAUUCUGCAAGCAGCCUACCAGCUCAUGGUUGAUGUGUUUGGGAAUUAUGUCAUCCAAAAGUUCUUUGAGUUUGGCAGUCUGGAUCAGAAGUUGGCACUUGCUGAGCGGAUCCGUGGUCACGUGUUGUCUUUGGCUCUGCAAAUGUAUGGCUGUAGGGUGAUCCAGAAGGCUCUGGAGUUCAUCCCUUCUGAACAGCAAGUCAUUAGUGAUAUGGUACGAGAACUGGAUGGCCAUGUGUUGAAGUGUGUGAAGGAUCAAAACGGUAACCAUGUUGUACAGAAGUGCAUUGAGUGUGUGCAGCCUCAUGCUCUCCAGUUCAUCAUCGACGCUUUUAAAGGGCAGGUGUUUGCUCUGUCCACUCACCCCUAUGGCUGCCGGGUGAUCCAGCGUAUUUUGGAGCACUGUCUCCCUGAACAGACUCUGCCUAUACUGGAAGAACUGCACCAACACACAGAGCAGCUGGUCCAAGAUCAGUAUGGCAACUAUGUAAUUCAGCAUGUAUUGGAGCAUGGCCGUGCAGAAGACAAGAGCAAGAUUGUCUCCGAGAUCAGAGGAAACGUUCUCGGACUCAGCCAGCACAAGUUUGCCAGUAACGUGGUGGAGAAGUGCGUGACACACUCGCUGCGGGCUGAGCGGGCCAUGCUGAUCGAUGAAGUCUGCAGUAUGGCAGAUGGGCCUCACAGUGCCUUAUACACCAUGAUGAAGGACCAGUAUGCCAACUAUGUUGUGCAGAAAAUGAUUGACGUUGCUGAGCCAACACAGCGCAAGAUCGUAAUGCACAAGAUCCGGCCUCACAUUGCGACCCUUAGAAAGUACACAUACGGGAAGCACAUUCUGGCCAAGCUGGAGAAGUACUACAUGAAGAAUGGAGUUGACCUGGGCCCGCUCUGCGCGCCCCCUAACGGCAUCAUGUAAACUCUUCUUGUUUUGAAAAGGCCGUGUCUACACCUGGAUUAAAGGUGAUGGUCUGGGAUCACUGUAAACCCUUUCUAACUUGUGCUGAGUGACCUAUCCUGGUCCUUGUGAGCUUGUUCUUGUUUUCUUGUUUUACCCAGUCCCUUUCUUACUACUGCUAAAACCUGGCUCCUCAUCUUCUGUUCCUGUAUGUAUGUCAUGAAAGAAUAUUUGAUUUGAUCCCAGUUUGAAUCAUGGAGGCUUCUGCCUAUAAACACUUAAUUGCUAUUACACAUUUCUAACACACACUUUCAUAAUGCACACAUUACACGCUAACACUCUAUUGCUGACAUGGCACAGACAUUUAGCAUGGGAGACGUUUUUGGUCUUGCUUCUAUAAAUAUUUAGUGCAUACUUGGUGUAGAAUUUUGCAUAUAUAUAAAUAUAUAUAUAAAUCUUUGUAGUUUUUUUCUGGUUUUUGAUGUCCAAUCUACUUAUAAUUACCCUAUUAGUGAAUACAUACUUCUAAUUGUAUAAUUGUACAUUUGUAAACCUUGGCUAAUGUAAAUGUGGACUUGCUUCUACAGCCCUUUUUGGUAUAAGAAGGAAAAAAAGAAAACGGGGAAAAAGAAUCUUGUGCAUUUCAGUGUAAAUUCUCACCUUUUUGGUUGUUGUUCGAGUUAUAAGUUGUUGUAUAUUGUAAAUUGUAAUAUCAGAUUUUUUGUUGGUUUUGAAGCCCUUUGGAUUAAAAUGGCAUAGAUGUACAAAGAAGACAAACAUGGGCACAUGCUUUUAGCCAUUCACCAGCCAUUUUUCCACAUCUGCUCAUCCUCUUUUUUUAAGAUCUUUUAUAGUCCCUCCCUUGCUUCAGGGCAGAUAGUAACGAGUGUGUGUGUAUGUGUGUGAUGCGUAGAUUGCCCUGGUUGCAAGGUGUGUACAGAUUUGCCAUUCUUUUGUCUACUUGUAAGUGAUUGUAACAUUUGAUUUGGAACACUGCGGUGUAUAUUUAAACAGCCUUGUGUAUAUUUCCUAUGAUCUCUUUAUGCGAGCACACUUGUAACCAUAAUGUGUAUAGUUAACAGAUGCUGUGUGUGCUUUCUGCCUGGGCAACUAUUUUUUGUAACUCCAGUUGUAGAUUGUCUCUAAACAAUGUGUGAUCUUUAUUUUGAAACAAAACAUGGAUAAAAAGCUCAAAAUUUAAAAA